CCCCUAAGUUUUUUUUCUCUCAUUGCUGCUCCCUUUAUGAACAAAUAAGUAUUUCUAAUACUGGUUUCCUUUGCUACAGUUUUUCUGUUGAGUUUAAAGGUGUGUAGGUGUGUCGCUUUAACCAAGUGCUUUAAAAAAAAAAAUUUAAAAAAAAUUAUGAAUGUAGUUUAAAUUGCAAACAACAUGGCUGUUUGGACAAGGGCUGAUAAGAAUGGACUUCUUGAACUUUUGCUCCGGGACCGCUGGAUUCGGGUAUUGGCAGAACUCACCCGGGAAACACUCACCCUCACAGCUGAUGCUGAACCAGGGCAUGGAGGUGCUAUGGAAUAUAAUAUUAGCCAUCUGCCCGGGGCGUGGAAUGGGGUGACAAACGGAACCGAACCAGGGACGGCAGCUGGCAACUCGAACCGAUCCUACAACCAGAAUUCGAAUCACAGUGCGCUUAGGCGAACUGGGAGCCCUGGCAAUGGUGGGACAAACCGAGGUCAAACUGAUACCAGCUCCGGGGUCAACAGCCCUGGUUCGGGCCGGGUUCCCCAUGACAACGGGACGGUUUCUGAUUUAGGUAUCCCUGGCUCUAGUUUUAGUAGCGCAGGACCAGUGAGGUCUGGGGAACCUAAUAUAAGUUUAGAAAGUGGUGGUUCUGAGAUGGUAAGAAAGGUUCGAGUACUGAAACAGGAGUCUGGUGGGCUUGGUAUCAGUAUCAAGGGGGGACAGGAGAACCGUAUGCCUAUCCUCAUUUCCAAGAUUUUCCCCGGACUCGCCGCGGACCACAGUCGGGCUCUUCGGGUCGGGGAUGCCAUUCUGUCUGUCAACGGCAACGACCUCCGUGAAGCAACUCACGAUCAAGCAGUCCAGGCACUGAAAAAGGCCGGCAAAGAAGUUACACUAGAAGUUAAAUACAUUAAAGAAGUCAGCCCUCUGUUUAAGAAGCCCUCCUUGGUGGCAGACCUGCCCUGGGAUGGCGUGCGCCCCCAGUCCCCCAGCCUGAGCGGCAGCGAGGACUCAGUGUCCCCAAAACACAUGGGCACCAAGGACAAGAAGGUGAUCUCCCUGAAGAUGUGUUACAUCAGCCGCAACCUCACCAUACCAGACCUCGAGAGCAGGCUGAUCGAGCUGCACUCUCCUGACGGCAGGAACACGGUGGUCCUGAGGUGUAAAGACUCGGCCGCAGCACACUCCUGGUUCACUGCGAUCCACACCAACAUCGCAGCCCUGCUCCCACAAGUCCUGGCUGAGCUCAACUCCAUGCUGGGCUCCAGCAACACCAGCAGCAACAGGGAGGUCCGGCACAUCGGAUGGCUCGCUGAGCAGAUAAAGCUGGAUGGAGGCCUCCACCAGUACAAGCCUGUUGUCAUGGCCCUGACAGAGAAGGAUAUACUGCUGUACGACAGCAUGCCCUGGACGAGAGAGGCCUGGGCAUCACCAAACCUGAGUCACCCGCUACUCGCUACACGACUGGUUCACUCGGGCUCUGCGCGAAGCUCGCCAGCACUUAGUUCAGAGCUCGCAUUUGCCACCAGGACGGGCACCAGGCAGGGCAUCGAGGGGCACCUGUUCCGCGCCGAGACCCACUGGGACCUGUCCUCCUGGACUAGAAUGAUGGUCCAGGGCUGCCACAGCGCCGCAGAGCUCAUCAAAGAGGUCUCAAUGGCUUGCACACUGAAUGAACAGGAUGUCCGGUUGACAGUUCAUUAUGAGAAUGGAUUCACAAUCUCAAAGGAAGGGGCAGGACCUGGCAGCCGUAGCACCAUUCUCUACCGCUACCCCUUUGAAAAGUUAAAGAUGUCAGGGGACGAUGGGAUCAGAAGCCUUUACCUGGACUUUGGUGGCCCUGAAGGAGAAUUGGCUCUGGAUCUUCACUCUGGUCCAAAACCAGUUGUCUUUGUUGUACAUUCUUUUCUUUCUGCCAAAGUGACACGGAUGGGACUGCUAGCGUGAGGUGUGAUGGUAUAAGUUGAUGGGAGUUUAAAUAUUUUUUUCUAAAACAAAAAAAGCACAAUAAUUCUGCUUUGGCAGAAGAUGAACUUCUAGAGCUUCUUCACCAUUGUAUGGAAGACUGAAAGAUCUGCAGCUACCCAUUGCAGAGAGAGUCCUUUCCCUGCUCACAUGCAUCCUUUGUGGGGAUCUUUCACUGCCCUGCUGGGGCACACUGUUCUCCUCUCCAAAUAAACCCCUUCCAGGGUCAGGAAGCCCACACGCCUGAAGCAAGCCACUAAAGGGACUUUCUACACUUUGAAGAAUUGCUACUAUGGUAACUCAAGCUGCUGGAUAUAUAUAUAUAUAUAUAUAUAUAUAUAUAUAUAUAUAUAUAUAUAUAUAUAUAUAUAUAUAUAAAAAAUCAACACAGCUGGUACCAACAUGUCAAAAGAAAAGUUAUAAAGCCUAAUCUUAUGUUUGUAAGUUUUGACAGCAACAAAUUUCAAUGUAUGUGUGCAUACAUUAUGGCAUUACUUUUACACAAAAAAUAAUUAAUUUUCUUAUGAAUCAAUAAUUCUGCUUUGUUAAUCAGAGAACACAUUUUACUGCCUGUAUUUUUUGCAUGGGAACGAAAAGAAAGCACAGCAGAGGAUCUGGGUGGUGCUGCAAUAAUAUUUUUGUAUGUAAUAAUAUAAUACUGUACUUGCUUAAAGGGUAUUGUAAAUGGAAUUAGUGUUCAGACUGGAGGGUUACCUUUGUGUCUAAUUGAAGGUUCAGCUUGUACCCGGAGUCUGCUACAAAGAGCUACAAUACAGAAAGACACCAACAUUUCCUAGCAUUGACGACGAGUAACUUUUACCAUGUAUGUUAGACUGUUUUAUUGCCAAAUGUGCCUUUUUGUUUAAAAAAGAAAAAAAAUGUAUAUGCUAUUUUCAUAUUUUUGCAUUACAGAAAGCCAUCGUAUUAUGAAUUACAGUUUUUAUUAAAAUAUUAAUUGCAUUGAUUAGUUACGUAUGCAGGUUUAUGUCUACAGUUAUAUAUAUAUAUAUAUAAAUUCUGGAAAGAUUCCUCGCUUGUUAUCCUUGCCCUACGAAAAUUCACAGCAGAUUUCCGCAAAGUAGUGACUCUUCAGAGACAAUCCCAGUAUCAAAGUACAACAGGAAACAGCUGGUGUAUUGUGUCCUCAGAAACCUUAUAGAAAGUGAUAACACUGCAACAUUAAUCUUUAAUGUAAUUAUAAUAAAUCUCAUUCACCCAGGGAUCCUACGUACGCAGCUUCAGGGCUGUUGAGCAUGCAAAAAAUGAAAGCCAUGUUUUAAAUGUAUCCCUUCUUAUGUAUAAACCACAGCUUGAUAAGUAUCACUUACUGGCAAAGUUCCUGGUUUAACAGCAGGUGGUAGCUCAGUAUCAUCAUGAUUUUAAACCCCCUGUUGGGACCCAGAACAAUAAAACACAGAGGCCACUAACCCAUACCAUCUCAUUCAUGCUUAGUAAUUGUAUUGCUUGUUAGUGAGCAGGUAGCAGCCAAUGGCAUAAAUAAUUAAUAUUUUAAUAAUUUUACAUGUAAUAAUCUUCACUUUCAGCUCUCUGUCCACUUCAGUUGAUUCAAUAUUUUUGUUCAAUGUUUGGAAACCCACAAAGUGUGGUUCACUUGGGCCUAAUCUAAAUAGGUGAAGGAAGCUGUUCCUGCAAGUAUAUGUGAGAUUGUGCAAUUAAAAACUAUAACUAAUUAUAAUGCUGUGUGUGGAUAGCCACAAGGCGCUACCUGUUUAGAACUGCAGUAUAAAUAUAUGUUUAAAGGUCCUCCUCUAAAUUUUUAACUAGUUGAAAUUGGAAAAUUGUUGACAAUUUUGACAUAAUUUAGACUUGUUAAAUUUAAGUCUACCAGCUGUAAAACAUUCAGGUUCAAUUCCAUUCAAAUAUGCUGUUCUUUUAGACCCUUCUUUUUAUCAAAGGUGGUCAAUUCAUAAUAAAUAAAUGUACAAUAUGAUCAAAUUGUUUGACCAUAUCUAUUGUUCUAUACACAAUAUUGACAUAUUAAUCUGGUUCAAUUAUGAUUUAAUACAUUUUAUUACAAUUUUACCUUUUAAUAUAUGUAGAUGUAGGUUUUUUUUCUAUACUGUAUUGCUGCUGUGACAGUACAGAUUUUAUAUAGAUUAAUUUUACAUAGGGUGCUGUAUUCAUUUUAUGUUCAUUUUAGUCUGCCUUCUGAAUUCAGCAUGCAACAAUUAAGUUGGUGGUGCCACCACGUGGACAAAAAAGGAUGUACUGAACAAAAAAACUGAAUGUCAUAUGACAACAAAUAUCACUUUUAUUUUUGUGCCAAAAAUCUUUAUUAAUGCAUAUUAAUAUAUAUUAACACUGUACCUCUUCUGCAAAUAUACAAUUAAUCUGCAUUCUAAACCCUGUUCUAAAGUAUUGAAUGAAACAUCAUUAUUUGUGUGUAUAAGUCUUAUAUCAGGGAGUGACCAUGUACUGAUAUUUGAUCAAUUAAGUAUUUCUUAUACAAAUAAUAUUAAAGUGUGAUCGAAUUUACUCUGUAGUAGCCCUUUAAUCUUUCAUUAAAGCAGAUCUUCCAAGACUUUAACCUAAAGUAUAACAGACCCCAUUGAGACUCUAAUUGUAGCCUUCCUAAUGGUACCUUUAAGAUGGUCCAACAUUAGAAUGCAUUAAUCAUGGUCCAUAAAACCACUCAUAUUUCUUCUUGUAUGUAAAUGUGAAUAUUAAGGUUGUAUCUUUUAAUUUUUGAGAGAUUGAAGAUGUAUACACUUGCAGCGCCUUUCAGAUAGAAACUGCUUUGAGAUUGAUAGCUGUAACCUGGCGCUAGAAGCCUUUUUAAUAUUUUGUCAUUUUUAAAGUCAUGAUGAUCCACAGUUAUUCACACUUGACCUUUGCAAUACAAAGUGUCUAUAACCUUUAAGCAAUGCUGCUUGUCUAUAAAACCAUUUUUCCUUGCUAAUCUAGGGAACUGUUCUCUAAAUUCAACCUGUACUGGUUUAUGUAAUCUGUGAAAUCAUAACUAAGGCUUUAUCUAGAAAUCUAGCGAUGCAACAGUGCGUUGUAUAUAGUCUGUGAGGACUGCAGAGGAUUAAUUCAAUCCUGUCACUAAGUGUCCUUGUUGUUCCUAGAGCUCACCAUAUAUCUGCCUUGUCACUUUGCUUUCUGUAGUGCUGAGAACAGCAGCUAUCAUUGAACUUAAUAGGUAACUUUUACCAUAGAUUACCGUGUUUUGCCUUGUUUUUAAUACGUUUUACCAUACCUCUGGGCUUUACGAUUCUUAUUUAUGCUUCACUAUUCUUUCUCUAUCCUUUAUUACACUUUGCUAUGUUUUUACUAUGAGAAACUUUUGUUAAAAUAUAUAUGGACAACAUAGUAUACAGCAAAGGAACACUUUAAUGUUAAAUCAUAAAAAGUUAGCAGAAUAACAAAUGAAAUAUGUGUGGUUCCUUUUUUUCAUAUUCUCUAGUCCCCCAUACUUAUAAAUGACCCUUUUAGCUCUAUACGGUAUUAAGGUAAUUAAUCAGCUUUGCUGUUCACUGCUUUUUAUAGCAAAUAGUAUUAAUUUGUUAAUACAUUUUAAAAUGCAAUUUUUCUUUAAGGGUCUGAUCUGAGUUUGAAUGGAUACUAGGUUUUAUUUACCGUAUGCUUGGAUUUCAAUUAGUGUUUGGGACUGUUUGAAAAAAACUAAAGAAAAGACAUCUUGCCUUUAUGACUUAGUCACUAUGAACUUCUACUUCUGAAUCUGCAGUUUGACUGGAUUAACUAUUUGAAAAAUGGAUCGCCCAUGUAUUUGAGCAGUCUGGUGUUGUCUGUUGGUUACAGUCAGUGCAGUACUCAAUAAGAAUGCAUUGCUAAAGGAUGCUUUUCAUCUAUGCAAUGAAUCACAAGCACAAACCCCCGAGACAGCCUUUCUUGGAUGUUUUUGUGAACCCAAAAUGUGCACACAAUUCUCAUAUUCAUGAUUAACAAAUAAAGCAAUGCAUGCAUUUUACUCAUGAUUUAGUCAUUAAUAAUAAACCAUUGCACAUAUGUUAUUAAAUAUUUAUUGAAUCAUUUAACUCAAUGCCAAAUCAGUUUGGAGUUAGCAGUAAAGCACUGUUUUGUUGUCAUAUUGCAUUAUGAUCAUAUUAUUUUUAACUAGACUAACCUGCAUUAUUUGUCUGCAACAGGGUACAGUUUAAUAUAUAAAAAAAGAAUAGUCAAGCUUUUAGUACUCUUUUUACAAAUACUAAUUUUAUAUCUGAACAGGUUUCAGUUAGUUAUAUUACUUUAACAAUAAUCUAUAAACACACGGCAUUAUAAAGUAUAACGUGUAUUUUCUAGCUAUGAAUAAAUUAAUAUCUUGGAAAAAAAUGGUUUACAGUUUCUCAUUAUACACCUCCAUAAAGUUAUUUAAAGUUUAAAGGAAAAACAUGUUUUCCUUUAAAUUAGAGAUAGCUACUGUUCAGCAUCUACUUUAAAAAAAAUAGAUUACUGUAUGUUAAGAGGAUUGAAUAUAAGAUGUUAUUUUGACCACUAUUGUUGGAAAGGAAUGAAUCCCUCUUCUCAUUUCUUCUUAACCUGAGUAACCAACUCAUGGUGGAAAUCUUUUCUGUGAUUGUUUUCUGUAUAAAAUGUAUUUGAGAGUAAACAUAUAUAAGUACAUCACUAUAGAUCAAAUACAUUAAACUGCUAUGAAAUGGUACCUACUGUAGAUCAUAGCUGUGAGAUUGACCUACAGAAGAGGAAGUGAUUUGGCAAAAGUGGCAGGAACUUGUUCCUUGAUAUAUUCCAAAUAGAACAAAAAUAUCUUAAUCCCAUGGCAAGGGGAGCAGUGAUAAUGUGGUUAGUGCUAAUAAUAGGUGCAGUGAAUGGAUUUAAAAGCCCUGGUAAUCACACCUUGAGUUAAUACAGUAACUCAGGCCUCUGGGAUUUGAAAUAGGAGGCAACAUUCUUUGUGAAAUACCCACUUGCCUCACCUCUGUAAACUGAAAACGUAUUUAAUUUGACUGUAUUUAAGUUACUCUAGGCAUAGUCUGUAAAUGUUCCUGCCAUGAUAAUGCUGAAUCUAUUUUUGUACUCCUUGUUUUCUCUAUAUUUACAGAGCUAUUCCCAUUUGUUAGAAUUUCUUUUGUAAGGCAUUCACUACCAAAGUUUGAAAUACAAAGCAGUGUGCGUUCUUUACAAUCAUGUACACACAAAAAGAAAAGGUUAUGACCUGUUUUAUAGAAUACUGUAUAUUGUUAAAGGCUGCCAUAUUAAAGGCAUGUAUCUUAGUAUUCUUUAACUGCAUAACUCUUUUAUUAAUAAAAUGUUAUGCUUUUACCAUA